AUCGACACCAGAUUAUUCAAGGACACUUAAAUCUAAAAGAUGAAGAGUGCCAAACUACUAAAUCAGUUUUAAGACAAGUCCAAAAAUUGAAUGAACAAUUGGAAAAACAAAUGACCAAAAAUGAUCUUAGUUGUCAGCAAAUCAAAUGGGAAGAAUCACAAAAACGGAUUAAUAAAGAAAUGGACGAUCUUAUAGCAUCAAAAGAUGAAGCCGAAAAUUUAGCACGAAAUUCACAGAAAUUGUCUGAAGAGAAGGAGCGCAUAGACCAAGAAUAUAAAGAAGCUCAAGAAAAGUUAUUAGCUGUGCAAGCAAAAUGCGAUAAUUUGCAAGAGCAACUUGUUUCUAUGAGCGAAAAAUAUUCUAAUGCCCUAAAAACAUCGGCUGAAGAGCAUAGUAAGUUCGUUGAAUCAGGCAAGACAUUGCAAAACAAGAUUACUGAACAAGAAGAGGAAAAUCGAAACCGUUUAGCACAAAUAGAAACGCUUAAGAAGGAUCUUCAGACAUUGAAAGACCAACUCUCCGUUUUCCAAGCAAGUGAUCAAGGCAUCGAAAUUGUUAAAUUGAAGACUGAGUUAGAAAAUAAGGAAAAGGAAAUUGUUAAUCUACGUGAUGAGUCUCAAACAUAUAAAGAGUUAUAUGAAAAAUAUCAAACUGAAUUAAAAAACAACGAGCAAAUAUACAACGAAAUGAA